UAAUAACCGCCUGAUUGAUCACACAUUGAAGCGAGUGUAUUAACGUGCAUUGACUACAUAAUGCGGCAAGCCCUGGGCCGGCCUUGUAUGAUUGUGUAAUGUGUGUAUGCUGUAUGUAUAGGACUACUUAGUGUUUGUACGUGAGAGGGCUAGAAGACGUGCACUAUUACUUCGUCUAGCUGGGGACCGAAUAAAACAUCGUCUCUGGGCCGGGGGCAGACUACAAUCCGUACCGAUUACUGCAUGAAAGGCGGUCUGAAACCUGACAUCCGAGAUAACCAUCCAACAACACGGGCAUCAGUGACGGUCAGUUCACGCGGCGCUACGAUCUUUGGUUUGCAGUUAAGCUACAAAAUUCACCUUUGAAUUAGAUACGCUAAUCUGUUAUCGCACGUUUCGACAUUGACUAUCGACCAAAGGGCAAUGAAUGAAUAGUUCAAAGGGUAUGUACAUGUAGACUGCUGAGACUGUCUGCUCACAUCACACCAUCGCAGCCCUUCAUGAGGUGACCUUGCAGAGCGUCGAGAUCUAUCUUAUUUUGGACUUCCAGUAACAACGAUCCUCAAGUACCUCGACCAUGGUAUGGAAAUUAGCGGCCACCGUACUUCUGAUAGGCCUUGGUAUUGCCUACAUGAAUGGCCUCUUCAGUUCACCACCCGGACCGCCAGAGGUUGGUGAUGGCUGGUGGGGACGAGGUGACAAACCUGAGAAGGAGGAAGACAAGUCGGUCAAGAGAUUCAACAUCCACUUUCCGAACAAAGAUCUGGCGGAUUUGAAAGAUCGCCUCAACAAAACUCGUUGGUUUGAGGGCGUGGAAGACACCAAGUUCCACUAUGGCAUCAGGCCCGAAUACAUGAGGAAAACAGUGGAUUACUGGCUGAACAAAUACGAUUGGCGCAAAAUGGAGAAAGAGUUGAACCAGUACCAAAGCCACAAGACGAAGAUCGAGGGAAUCGACAUUCACUUCGUGCGAGCCGUGCCUCGAUUGAAGGUUGGCCAGAAAGCCAAACCCAUUAUAAUGGUUCAUGGCUGGCCUGGCUCAUUCUACGAGUUCUACAAGAUAAUCCCUAUGUUGACCGACCCCACUCGUCACGGUGGGAACGAGGAUGAUGUAUUCGAGGUUAUCGUUCCCUCUCUGCCCGGCUAUGGCUUCUCCGAGGCUGCUCACAAACAAGGUAUGAAUGCCAAAGUUGCUGGACGUAUAUUUCACAAGUUGAUGACCCGUCUUGGGUUUGACAGCUACUACGUGCAGGGUGGUGAUUGGGGGUCUAUGGUGGUGGACCAGAUGUCGGGCAUGUUCCCAAGCCACGUCCGCGGCGUGCACGUCAACAUGAUAUCUGUCCAACCGUCAGUCAGUCAGAUGAUUCUGGGCGCUGUGUUCCCGUCUCUGGUGCUGGAAGACGAGGGUUACGCCAGGUCCCUGCCCAGCUGGCAAUCGCUCAAGUUUGGUCUGAUCGAGCUUGGGUACCUGCACUUACAAGCAACCAAGCCUGAUACAGUUGGUCACGCCCUGACCGACUCCCCAGUCGGCCUAGCCGCGUACAUCAUCGAGAAGUUCUCCGCCUGGACCAAUUACGACUGGAUUGACCUGGAUGACGGCGGGCUGGACGCUCAUUGGUCCAAAGACGACCUGCUGACUAACGUCAUGAUCUAUUGGGUGUCGGGCAGCAUUACGUCAUCCAUGCGCAUUUACAAGGAAACCGUCCCGAUCGCCCACAGUAUGGCCAAGUUCUUAAACACCGUACCCGCAGGUUUAGCAGACCUGCCCCACGAGCUGUCACGAUGCCAGAAGAACUGGGCGUCCUCUCACUACACGGACAUCGUCUCCUACACGACGUACCCCGCGGGCGGCCACUUCGCGGCAUUCGAGGUGCCCGAACUACUGGCCAAGGACCUCCGACAAUUCACGCAGAAGGUGGAGCAGCGUCUGUUGAUGAAGAAAGAGGAAUAAAUUGCGAAGUGGAUGUUAGUCAGAAGUCAUAGUCGCAGGCAAUAACCCAUAAUAAAAACAGCGAAUGUGUAUACAAACCAAUUUACAUGUAUCCCAAAUACAAAGGCUUAGCACAUGCGCAGUUGAAAGCUGCGUCACGUGUGCAAAAUGGCCCAAUUGGCAGCAGGCCGGUAAGGGCAACUUUGGUUUGGUGCACAUUAUUGUCACUGAAUAGACCUUUAUCAUGCUUCCACGAUUUCAGUCAUGUUCCCUGUAUCCAAUAAUAGUACUGAAACAUAAUUAUUUGUGUGAAUAAUUAUUGGUGUGAAAAAUUUAAGGAAUCAGACUAUUUUUCCUUCCAGCCUCUCUUUGGUUACAUUGAUGUGAAUGGGAAAAAUCCAAAUGGCCGCAACAUGAUUGUCUAUUGUGGUGUCUACACUACUGAUUAUUAUGACUGUGCUAUUGAUGAAAUUGGGCACCUGAUGACCAAGGACAAUAGAGGGCGCUAUAACCAAAUUAGGCUGCAUCUAAUAAAAUGUUCCUUCUGAAAUCUUCUUAAUUAAUUGGCGGAAUUUUCCAAACGAAGUUAUAUACUUCGAAGAUUUCCUGAUCAGCUGUCUUUUGUUUUUGUCACAUUAAGAGCAAGCCAUUCAAGUGACACUUUAAAUUAGCAAUAUUAAUUUACAGUGUAACAAAAACAUAAAUGUGUAAUAUUCAAAUUCAAUAAUUUAUGAAACUGUGCAACAUUAAUUACCCCCCCCCAAAAAAAACCCAUAGAAUAAUCCUCGCUUUUUGCUACCUUUUUGCCUUACCCUAGAAUUAAAUUAGCUAUAGUUUUCGCUCGAAAUUGUUAUUCAAAUCGAUUACUGUUUCAUUGUCUUCCGUCAAAGUAGAUUUUACUGGGACUUAUUCUCCAUUUGCAAGGGAGUUAAGUUCAAAGAGAGCUAGGCUUAACUGGCAAGGAGCCAGCCAGUUGAUAUCUAGUCACCUACCUACAAACAAGGCAUGACAACUCAAGUUACAUUUAACACUCGAAAAGGCAGGCCUACUCUGAGCCUCACUUCUGUUCAAAUUACAUGGAGGAAGGAUCAUGCAUUACUGGUUCCGUGCAAGGAAGUGCAUUUUGGCUUAUCACCAUGAAUUUGGCUUAUCACCAAGAAACAGAAAUAAAGUACAUUUGAUGAAUUAUGAAA